UUCUGCUGUUUGAGGAGGGAAAAUUCAGAGACAUAGCAUAAACCCAGAGUGUCUCUCUCUCCCCCUUUCUCUCUCUCUCUCUCUCUCUCUCUCUCUCUCUCUCUCUCUCUCUCUCUCUCUCUCUCUCUGAUUUUCUCUUCUUCAUGUUUACUUUUGCCGGGAAAAUGAAGAUUUGGAAAAAGAGUAAAGAAUAGAAAAAAGAGCUUCUUCCUAGUUUCCCUCUUCUUCAUUUCUUUAGAGACCUAAAGAAAAGCCCAUCAAGAAAAAGCAAUUGUUUGAGAAUCUGUUCCGGUAAUGGCCGAGUCGACGAUUGAAGUAAAGCUAGUUCGUUGUCCAAAGUGCAAAAAUCUCUUACAAGAGCCUAAAGAUUGUUCCUUUUUCCAGUGCGGUGGUUGUGGAACCGUUCUUUGCGCCAAAAACAAGGAGAGUGUCGAAGCAGAUCCAGUGGUAGACAAGUCCGUGAAAAAUAGAGCCAAAGAAACUCAAGUUAACUCUGGUUCAAGUGAAGAAGAAUCCGAUUCAAGUACUUCUUUAAGACACCAACAAAUUAGUCAAACAGAGACUUGGGAUGUUCACAGUGAUCAAGUGAAGAAGGAUUCUCAAUCGGGUUUGGAUCGUUCUAGGAAAAGAAUAACGAAGAGAUGCGAUUCCGAGGGUUUCAGAUUCUCCGCUUCUAACUACUUUCCAGGUUCUGUGUCUACCGAUGAAGCAAUCAGGCAAGACAGAGCAGGACUGGUGAGAAAAUUAGAUAAGCUAAAAGAACAGCAGAUUCCGAGUUGGUCUUCAGGAUUCAAAAAGCCUCCAUUGCGGUUUCCAAGUUCUGGGAAACACGUUGCAGGUCCUUCCUAUUACCACCAAUAUCCAGAACCUGAACCUCCAUGUCCUUAUAACAGUAACCCUGAUGUUUCUCUGCUGCACGGUCCGAUGCAUAACCAGGCUCAUGUUCCAGCUUAUGGAGAGCCUCUCAGGUUCCAGAUGCAUGAAGGAACCCUGAAGCCAUCUCACCCGCACUACUCUAGACCGUAUAUCGGCAACAACGGUCAUGAUUUGUUCAAUACACACCCGAGAAAUGGGAUGUUUCACCAGUCAACUUGUUCUUGCUCCCACUGCUAUGAUCCAUAUCACAGAGCUUCAGGCUCAGUUUUUCCUCCCUCAGGGUUGCCUGAUGCUCUGCAUAACAUAGGCUUUUACCCUCAUGAGAGAAGUAUCGGGUUUCGUUCUUCUUCCUUGCAUAGUCCUCAUCGAACCUUUAUUCCUCCUCGUCAUCCCACUAGAGCUGUAUCAUCUUCAGGUGGUUCUCGCCUAAUCCACCCUGUGGCUGGUGGUGCACCUUUUAUAAACUGUAGAAACUGCUCCAAACUUCUAAAAUUGCCAGACAAAACGGAUUCUGCUACGACAAGGCAGCAGAGACUGCGCUGCGGAGCGUGCUCUGGUUUAAUAGAUUUUUCCUUUGCUGAUAACAAACUCAUCCUCUUAACCGAUCCUGUUUCAGCAAGAAAAGCAGAAACUCACAGUAAGCUACAUUGGGAAACUGCUGUUAAUUUCUCUUCUGAUGACUAUGAUGAUGCUGCUUACGAAUUCGAUGCAAUGGAUAGAGGACCAGCCGAUGUCUCAACUGGUUCGGCUUUGAUCACCGACAAAGCUCAAGAAAUGCAGAUUGCGGAUUCUACUUCUCCUAGCGUGUCUGAAGACGAGCUAAGUUCAGACAGUCCAAAAGGAAGGAAACUUGUUCCAGACUUGCUUCUUCGAGAACGUUUCGGGUACUCUUCGAUCAAUGCAAGGAGCCAAAGCUAUCGUUCAGAACAGGACAGGGUGACACUGAGCAAGACAGCCAUGAGACAGAACUCUAUCAAAGAAGCUUCAGUUGCAGUUGAGAUGGACGUUAAUGACUACUCUCACAACAGUGGAGCGUCUCAAGAUUCUGCAAAUGACUGUAGAGAGGACCAUGGAAGAACCAAGACGGGUGGAUUUGCGAGUAUCGUGAAGAAUAGCUUCAAGGAUCUAAAGAAAUCCAUACAGAACGAAGGCAGAAGUGAUGUUUUGGUAAAUGGGCAUCAUGUAGCUGAACGUCUGGUGAAAAUAGCAGAGAAGCAAGCUGGACCAAUCCGGCCGGGAAACUACUGGUACGACUACAGAGCUGGAUUCUGGGGAAUAAUGGGAAGUCAAUGUCUUGGAAUAUUACCGCCUUUCAUUGAAGAGCUCAAUUACCCAAUGCCAGAGAAUUGCGCUGGGGGAACCACAAGAGUCUUUGUGAACGGAAGAGAGCUUCAUCAGAAAGACCUGCGCUUGCUCAAUGCUAGAGGUCUCCCACGGGACAGAGAUCGAUCCUACACUGUUUACAUCUCAGGUAGAGUCAUAGACGAAGAUACCGGCGAAGAGCUAGAUAGUCUUGGCAAACUCGCCCCAACGGUCGAUAAGCUGAAGCGUGGGUUCGGGAUGAGAGUCCCUAGGAGAGCUGCAUGAAGCAAUCUAAGGGAAUGUCCAUGAGCCUCCACGAUGUGUUGUUGAUGUAUUCUCUGAACAUCCGUGUUACAUUAUCCUAACAAUUCUACUUUGUUCUUACUCUACAGAGCCAUCUGAUCAAUGUAAAGAAUGAAUGAGAAUGUGCAAAAUGAAAUAUUAUUACCGGCAACAAGAUACUAAAACACCAAAAUAUCUGUGUAUUCGAAAGCUUCAAAAA